CGAGGACGACGGGUUGUAUUUAUAGGCAACAGGGGCAGUGCAAGACAGCCUCGCGUGUUAAGGGUUGUGGAAAAGAGUUCUGAUCGAUGACAUAGCAGCCAUGAGUGUUCUUGACACAAGAAGGAUUCCAACAUUAAAUGUAAUCAAGACAGCCUCACUGAUAUGGUGAGUUUUGAACGUUUUGAAAAGUUACAGUGAAUUUAAGAGAAUUCAUGUGGGUUUUAGACAAUUUCCCACCUUUUUAAGUUAAAUGGAUUGGCAUGAUAUGAUUAGGCCAAUAGAGGAUUCGGAGUCUCCGACUGAAGGUCAACAACAAAGGUUGUUCGAGUUCCAUACGUUUGCGUUGGUUCGCACAAUCAUGUCUCCAGCAAGAGCACAUCUGCUGUUGGAGUGCUGCGACCAGGGUUGCUGCUGAUGGGAACUCGUCUCAAGUAUGGAGUUGGUAUGGACACGAGCUACACAAGGAGACCCUGUACACAGUAGUAUCUCAAUCAUAGAUAGCCAAAUGUUUUCCCUUCGUCUAUCAUGCUUACCCAUGGACUCCUGUUGAGUCUCUCUCUCGUCGGACGCCGCCGUCCCGCCACAAUGUCCGUCUUUCACAAAACCAAAAUUAAUUUAAGGAGAUUGUACACUGUGUCUGCAUGUGUCUUUUGAAUUUCUUUAUUAUUUUUCUUUAUCUUCAUUCUUCACAAAAUCAAUAGCUCAAGAUCCCGAUCCUAACGUGAUGUCAUUAUAGGACUGCCUGAUUAGGCCCCAUUUCUAGUUAAUCAGAAGGUAAGGUACCCUUGUUGUUGAGCAUUUCUCGGCAUUUCCCUGCAAGAGCAAGCUUCAUUCUGAGCUUGGUUCUUCUUUUGUCAUUAAUUGGAGGUGCCCUUAAGUUUAUUUUCUACUACUUUAUCUUAUUGGUACUAGCAUCCAAAAAUUCCACCUCAAUUUCUCUAGGUUGGAAACUUAGAUAAUUCGUGUUCUGCACCCUUAUUUCAGGGGAAUCCUAUACUGAAAUCCCAUUUGGUCACUUACCUUUGGGGGUUAUUAGUUUGAAGCUUCAGCCAUGGGUACUGCUCUUCUUGUCUUACGCUUCAUUUUGAUGUGGGUCCUCUUCUCUGACUGUGUUUACUGCCGAAGACCUGCACUCGUGAACGUUGGUGUGCUUUUCGGUCAUGAUUCGGUUAUCGGUAGAACUGCCAAGGUAGCCAUGGAAGCUGCGGUGGCCGAUAUUAACGCGGAUCCGAGAAUUCUUAAUGGAACCCGACUGAACUUAAUCAUGAAGGACACAAGUUGCAAUGUUUUCUUGGGUUCUGUUGAAGCCUUCCGGGUACUUGAGAAAGAAGUGGUGGCCAUAAUUGGUCCACAAUCCUCUGGAGUAGCCCAUUUGAUCUCUAUGAUUGCUAAUGGAGUCCAAGUGCCUCUUGUAUCAUUUGUUGCCACAGAUCCAACUCUCUCUGCCCUUCAAUUCCCUUUCUUUGUGCGAACCACACAGAGUGAUUCUUACCAGAUGGCUGCCAUGGCUGAUUUGAUUGAUUAUUAUGGAUGGCGAGAGGUCAUUGCCAUUUUUGUAGAUGAUGAUUAUGGAAGGAAUGGCAUAUCUACUUUAGAUGAUGAACUUGCAAAGAAAAUGACAAAGAUUUAUAAACUGGCUUUGCCAACAGGAGCUAGUGUUAGUCGCAUUACUGAGUUGCUCAGUAAUUCCAAAUUUAUUGGGCCUCGUGUUUAUGUUGUUCAUGUUAAUCCUGACUCAGGUCUCACAGUCCUCUCUUUAGCUCAAGAACUUGAAAUGAUGACCAGCGGCUAUGUGUGGCUUGCAACAGAUUGGCUUUCUACUACUUUGGAUUCAUUACCACUUAUAAACCAAACAUCACUUCGUAACUUUCAAGGAGUUGUUGGACUUCGACAACAUACUCCACCAUCCUUGCAGAAGAAGGCUUUUGUCUCUCGGUGGAGAGAUCUGCACCAGAAAGGUCUAGUAAGUUAUGGAUUGAAUACAUAUGGACUUUAUGCAUAUGAUACAGUCUGGGCUGUUGCCCAAUCUAUUGAUGGAUAUUUAAAUGAAUAUCAGAAUAUCACAUUCUCAUUUAAUAAAAACUUACAUGGCAAUAAAGCAACAAAACUGCAGUUGGAGAAUAUCAAAACCUUCGAUGGUGGGACUCUUCUGCUUAGGAAGUUACUACAGAUGAACUUCAGUGGUUUAACUGGUUCAGUUCGAUUUGAUUCGGAUAGGAAUCUCAUUGGUGGUGGUUAUGACAUAAUUAAUAUUGCUCAGAUAGCAAUUCAUACAAUUGGUUACUGGUCUAACUAUUCUGGUCUUUCAGUUGUGACACCAGAGACAUUGAACAGGAAACCACAUAGCAGUUCGCAUUUGGAUCAGAAACUUAAUAGUGUCACUUGGCCUGGCAAAAAGGCUGAAAAACCACGUGGGUGGGUUAUUGCAGACAUUGAAAGGCCGCUGAGAAUUGGAGUGCCAUACAGAGCUAGUUUUGUUGAAUUUGCAACAGAAAAACAUGGUACCAAGGAUUUUGAAGGAUUCUGUAUUGAUGUGUUUUUUGCAGCAAGGAAGUUAGUAGCCUAUGAUAUUCCUUUCAUGUUCAUGCCCUUCGGGGAUGGCCAGUCCAAUCCCAAUUAUGAUGAGCUUGUCAGAAUGGUUGCAACAGGUGUGCUUGAUGCGGCUGUUGGGGACAUUGCUAUUGUCACUAACCGGACAAAGAUUGCUGACUUUACUCAGCCUUAUGCAGCUACAGGUCUUGUCAUAGUAGCUCCCAUAAACAAUAGGAAGUCAAGUGCUUGGGUGUUCCUUAAGCCAUUUACAGUGGAAAUGUGGUGUGUAACUGCAACGUUUUUUGUCUUGAUUGGGGUGGUUAUUUGGAUUCUAGAGCACCGUAUCAAUGAUGAUUUCCGGGGCCCACCUAGACGACAACUGAUAACUGUGUUCCUCUUUAGCUUCUCAACACUUUUUAAGACAAAUCAAGAAGAUACAAUUAGUGCACUUGGACGUAUGGUGAUGGUGGUAUGGCUUUUCCUGCUGAUGGUGAUUACAUCAAGUUACACAGCCAGUUUGACUUCAAUUCUUACAAUCCAGCAGCUCUCAUCGCCCAUUACAGGACUAGAUAGUUUGAUCACAAGCAGCCCAGAAGAGUAUGAAGAAGCACUGCGGCUUGGGCCUGGAAAUGGAGGUGUAGCAGCGAUUAUAGAUGAGCUUCCAUAUGUUGAGCUUUUUUUAUCAAAACAAACGGACUUUGGGAUCGUUGGACAGAUGUUUACCAAGAAUGGAUGGGGUUUUGCUUUCCAGAGAGAUUCUCCUCUUGCUGUUGACAUGUCUACUGCGAUCCUCGAACUUUCUGAGAAUGGUGAACUCCAGAAGAUCCACGACAAGUGGUUUUGUAAGAUGGGUUGCGGUAUAGAAAGAAGACCCCAGUCUGACACCAACCAACUCCAUCUUUCCAGCUUCUGGGCUCUCUAUCUUUUAUCCGGGGUUGUCACCCUCGGUGCCCUUCUUGUGUUUCUAGUCAGGAUGGUUCGCCAAUUUGUCAGAUACAAACGAAAACAGAGGGACCUUUCCUCUGUAUCAUCUGAGUCUGCAAAUACUCAUUGUUCUCAGGUCAUUUAUAAUUUCUUUGAUUUUAUUGAUGAGAAGGAAGAAGCUAUAAAGAAAAUGCUUAAGCAGCGUGACAAUCCUGCACCCCAGGAAAGCUGAUUAAUAGUGCAUGUCUUCAGAGGAUGUAAUGAGAUUAUCCUCUAUUGGUAGCAUAUUACAUAUUGACCAUCAUUAUCAUCAUCAUCUAAGCCUUGUCCUAAUUAUAUGUUGACCAACUUUGUAAAUAACCAUAUAUGCUAUGAAGCUAUUAUUCGAAUUAUGAAAAUUUUUAUAUGUUUUGAUGACUUGUACUCGGUGUAAGAUUUUGCUCUAUACAGAUGUCAUGUGGGGCAUGCAAAUAAUAAGAAUUAGGAGUUUGGAAAGGUA